CUGUGGUAUCUAGGCGAAUUCGUGUGCCUAGGAAGGACACACACAAUGGUAGCCAACGUUGUGGUCCAUGGGCGCUCGCGCCCGUGACGCAGGCACAGAGAAAGACCUUCGCAGCAGUACAGGAGCAUCUUCAGCACCAUUGCAGUUCUCAUCUAGCUGAAACGCGAGGAAAAGCUUGAGAUAAUCGACAAGGCUUGUUUUGAGGCCUGGCAACAUCUAGCAGAAUGACUAAAGAGCAGACUGCCGAGGUGGAGGAGGAGGCCCAGCCUGCCUCUGAGUACCAGAGCCCAGUUCAUGAGCCCCGGAAGAGGCCCAUGGUCCACCCAUCUGCACAGGCCCCCCUCCCCAAAGACUAUGUCUUCACAUUCUUUGACCCAAAUGAUCCUGCGUGUCUGGAGAUCCUGCUGGAUCCGCGCACCACCAUCCCAGAGCUUUUCGCCAUCAUCCGUCAGUGGGUCCCACAGGUCCAGCACAAGAUCGACCUCAUCGGAAACGAGAUCUUGAAGCGUGGUUGCCAUGUCAAUGACCGUGAUGGACUGACAGACAUGACCUUGCUCCACUACAGUUGCAAAGCCGGAGCCCAUGGUGUUGGUGACCCUGCCGCUGCCCUCAGGCUGUCCAAUCAGCUCAUUUCCCUGGGGGCAGACGUCAGUCUCCGCAGCCGCUGGACCAACAUGAACGCCGUGCACUAUGCUGCAUACUUCGACGUGCCAGAGCUGAUUCGCAUUCUCCUCAAGGCCUCCAAGCCUAGAGUACUGAAUUCCACCUGCAGUGACUUCCACCAUGGCACAGCCCUGCACAUUGCUGCCUCCAACCUGUGUCUGGGAUCAGUCCAGUGUCUACUAGAGCAUGGAGCCAACCCCACUGUCAGGAAUGAUAAAGGGCAGGGGCCAGCCGAGGUGGUCCCUGACCCCAUGGACAUGACUCUGGACAAAGCAGAAGCGGCCAUGGUGGCCAAGGAGCUGAAGCAGCUGCUGCUGGACUCUGUGCCACUCAGCUGCAACCUGCCCCGCGCCACCCUGCUCAACUACGACAACAUCCCUGGCAACCUCAUGCUCACCUCCAUCGGCCUGAAACUGGGCGACCGUGUGGUGCUGGACGACAUGAAGCUCCCCAAAAAAUCGAGCAGUGAUGAAAUUGACAUCUCAGCUCUGCAUCACCUGAAGCAGACGGGCACCCUGCGCUUCUGUGGGACCACGGAGUUCGCCAGUGGCCAGUGGGUGGGGGUGGAGCUGGACGAGCCAGAGGGCAAGAACGACGGAAGUGUGGGAGGGGUGCGUUACUUCAUCUGUCCCCCCAAACUGGGUAUCUUUGCUCCAGUGUCAAAAAUCGCUAAAGCUGUUGAGCUGGCCCCCUCCUCUGUCACCUCCACACCCAAGACACCCCGCAUGGACUUCUCCCGCGUCACAGGAAAGAACAAGAAAGAAAAGAAGGAAAUAAUGGAGAGAGAGAAAGCUCUGAGGAAGAAGUCUAUGUCCGUAGCCAGUCUGGACCCGGAUGGGGUGAAGGUGGAACUUGGAGAUCAGGUGCUGGUUGCUGGUGUGAAGCAGGGAAUCAUACGCUAUUACGGAAAGACAGACUUUGCCCCAGGUUACUGGUUUGGUGUGGAGCUGGAGAAUCCCACAGGAAAGCAUGAUGGGUCUGUUUUUGGUGUCCGCUACUUCAACUGCAUGCCCAAGUACGGGGUCUUUGCACCCCCAUCUCGCGUGCAGAGAAUCUGCGGACCAAAGGAUGGUCAUAGCGGCGACGGCACGAUGGUGAAGAAAGUCCACCAGGUGUCUAUGAACCAGCCAAGGCGUAAAUUCAACACGGUGAGGUCACCCAAGGACAUCACCUCUGAGAAUUCAAUAUCAAGAUUGCUGUUCUGCUGCUGGUUCCCCUGGAUGCUGCGAGCCGAGAUGCAGUCCUAACCACACUCUCCUUCCUCCUCCUCUUCCUCAAAGGAUCUACUGCUCUCCUCCUCUUAAUGUCCAUCUUUCAUUUGUGCUUUCCUCUGGCUGUUGCUGUCAGAAUUACAGUAGUGAACCACCGCCCCUGCCAACCCCCCCAUGAUCUCAGUCAGUCCUAUAGCAAAACCUAGUGCCUUGUAUGUUAACUAACAUCCCGCAUUCCGUUUGUAACACUAAUAAUGAGACUAAAUCAUUGUUACCCGAAAUCUGGGAUACAAACCCUACAAAAGCAAAUGAUCUAAUAGAUAUAAUCACUUAGUUUUUGUAAGUUACUCUAUUUCAGAAGUUGCCAAAACGUCAGAAGUUGCCAACACCCAUUGUCCAGUCAGCCAACUUCUUAUGCCAUGGAGCUUCUCCUAGGGAACCUUUCAAAUGACUAAGUACAUGAUGCUGUACUUUGUUGUUUUUCUGCUGCUUCAUCCUAAUUCCCUGUAUUUCAGAGGAGACCAAGGGCCUCAAAGUAAUACAUGGUCUGUCAGUGUGAACCGACUGUAGAUGGCCAUGUUGCGCUAAAGGGAUUUAUCCAAAAUGUGGAUGUGUGAGUCAAAUUGUGUUCCAAAUAAAUGUGCACAUCAACAUGCCUUUUGUUGUGAAAAGAUGUGAUAUGAACAUAUGGUCAUGUUCUUGGGAUGCUGUAUGUUCAACAGUAAACAGGGUUUAAUAUUAUUCAGGAUUCCGACAUCUGCUAUUUCUCCACUUGAUCUCUGAGCAUUUUCCCAAAUAUGCAAUUGGAAUGAUGUAUAUAAUAUUGAUUUGCUUGUUAAUGGGCUUGUGUAAAUUAUAGUAUGCUCACAGGUGAUACAAAAACAAGGUUCAUGGUCUCUGGUAGCCUACUAAAUUUGUUGACAGAGCCCUGUUAAAUACUAGUUGCCUGUUUUAGGUAUGGUAAUGCUACCACGUACAUAUAUGUUCAUCAUAAUGUCCCAACUUAAUUGCAGAAGGAGAACUUUAUCUGCGCAGAUAUCUUCUGUACCCUUGAAAGACAAUUUUCUAGCAAUGGUUUAAAUCGUGGUAAUAUAGACAGCGCCAUUUGUCAAUAACUGGGUCAAAUAAGACUUUCAUAACUUGGUCUAAGGUGUUUAUUGCACUUUGAGCCAGUUGGUCUCAAAUCCAAGUUAAGCUAACCAAAAUGUCUGCUAACCCCAAAAUGUAAUGGCAGGUAAUGUAAGGGAAAACCACCUAGAUUAAUAUUGUUUAAGCUGUUGUCUUUAUUGUGUAGCAUGAAGUACCAAUAACAUAACAUUUGCUUAACUUUAACUUAAACGUACUGUUAGCAAAAAGCUUUAUUUUCCCACAGUUACAUUUUGUUUAUAGAAAUAUGAAAUCUACAAGGGUACCACAAUAUACUUGUUAAAGGUACAUUUCUUGAUAAACCAGUGCCCUCCUCCCCAUCUCUAGGUUUGUUGUUGCAGCAAUGGUGUUAAUCUCAGGCUAAAUCUGCACAGACGGAACACCUGCUAGCUCAGUGCUACCACAGUUUACACCCCCUGUUGGCUAUCCUCCCAUGCUUCUCUCUCCUUCUCUCUCAACGUUAGACUUUGGUAGGUUUGUGAGUGUGAGCAUUAGAUAAAAAUCUGACCUUCUAAACUUGUGUGUGCUUAAUGUCAAAACCUACGAGUGUGCAUAAAAACAAAAAUAUUUAACCUGUGUACUUAGCUAUGUGGAUAUGGAUAGUGUCUUUUUCUACUGAACACUAUGUAAGCACAUCACGAGGAGGAGAAAAAAACACCUGAACUUGCUCCUGCACUCUUUGAACACCAUUGUAAACAUCCUGUGUUAAUAACAGCACCGUGAAACGGCAAGAAAUACUCAUUAUCAGGAAGGGUCUAAAAACUCGUGCACCAUGUCAUAUUCCGAAAUCACCACUUAUCCAAUGUGGUACUGAACAAUGUGGAACUGAAGGCAACAAUGUGUGGUUGUUUUUGAUAUUGCUAGUGUACGGUUAUGACUAGGUCUGUAAGAGAGCCGCAGAACAACGAGGAUGCUAUGAGGGAGUCGGCUUCAGCUUCAUUUGAUCUAAAUAAGGGACAUUAGUAUAUCCAGUUUGAGAGGAACUCAUUCAUUACACCUCAAAGUCAUGUAAUGGGAUACUUUGGAACCUGUGGCAAUUGGAACUUGUCUCCUUUUUUAUUUAAUUGAAUUAUGACUAUGUCAACACAAAGUGUUGCAAACUUUGUCAGGACAGCUCACUUUGUUCAAAUCUUCUGUUAGCCAAAUAUACUAAAAUGAUAUUGUGUCAAGAAGGACUGAGUUUCUUUACUAUUGUGAGCAUUGUUUAGUAGAUAAGAAAAUCAUCCUCGCCUCAUGCUGAAGUGCUUGAUAAUGAGUAAGAAUACAUCACCAUGUCUUGUCUUUACUACUUAUGUUGGAAAAAUGUCAUUAGAAAUAAGUAUAGCAACAUUGUUCAUAUUUACUAAAUGGUCGAGUUGAGUAGUUGGUUGACUGGCAUAUUUAAUGCUCAAGUAAAGUGACCAAAAUGGUGUAGUUAUUGCCUGACCUUUACGCUCUAGUAGCAUAAUAAGUCCCACAAUAUGCCAGUAGAUGUCACUAAUGUGUCACUUUUAUCAUCUCUACAACUAACAACAUGACAAGAAUCUAAAUUGAUGAGUCCUCCACUCUUCAAAUGUUUUGUUUAUUCAACAUUAUGAACAUUGAUAUAAUCUUAUUAAGUGGUGUACUGUCAUUAUUGUUUUUUUAAACACAUGAUGUUAUUCUAAAACUUGAUCGCAACAAUGGUUAAUUUUCUUCAUAGACAUGUCCUAGCAGUUUGUUAAAAAUAUAUUUUGAUAAUUUCACUAAGUGUACUUUUAUUUAGUUUUAUAAUGUGUUGGUGUCUGUGUCCUAAAACAGGUAAAGGGGAUGUUGGUAAUGUUGGAUUUAUUAUAGUGUUUAUUUAUUAUAGUUUAUAGUUUAUUAUAGUGUCAGGAAUAAUAUUUAUUGCAUGCUCUUUAUUUUCUGAAAGUUUCUUUUUCCAACAGUGUAUCGCAGCAUAAAAAUGCUUAUAAUUACAACUCUGACUAUGAAUCUAAUAAAAGUUUGUUGUUUUCUA